AUGUCCUCCGGCGAAAAGAAAGAAGGCGGUCUGAUGACCAACUCGGAGCCUCUAACCGAGAGCUUGCCGGAGCAGCUAGAAGCGCAAGUUGUAAACCAAGAUGCCGAAGCCGAGAAGCGUCUCGCGCGGUUACACGAACUAUACGGAGCAACGUGGGACGGGCCCGAUGACCCUAACGAUCCAUACAACUGGCCCGAGUGGCGGAAGGUCUCAAUCGGUGUUAUCUUCUCUGUCGGCCAGCUCGUGACUUUAAUGUCAGCCAGCAUAAUGGCAGCGGCCCUUAGUAGCAUAUCUCGCGAUCUAAACAUCGACGCGUCGACUUCACAGAUCACUCUCUCCAUAUACUUCCUCGGGUUGGGGAUUGGCCCAUUCUUUAUAGCUGCUCUUGCAGAGAUGAAUGGUCGGAAGAACAUCUGGAUCAUCAGCAACGCUUGGUAUAUCCUAUGGAAUGCGCUUUGCCCCGUGGGAAAAUCUACAGGCCUGAUGAUUACCGGUAGGUUUCUCGCUGCGACGGGCGCGGGAGCCGGUAUUAUACUUACGGGUCCUGUUAUGGCGGAUAUGUACCACGCAAAAGAUCGUGGUAAGUCACUUGCCAUAGCCUCUUUUCUUCCGUAUUUGGGUCCGGCUCUAGGUCCUAUCGUCGGCGGGGUCGUUGUACAGCUUGUCUACUGGCCGUGGCUCUUCUGGAUCGUAAGCAUCUUCGACGCAGUCAUAGUCUUAUUGGGGGCAUUUAUCAUCAAAGAGUCCUACACCCCGGUUCUGCUACGUCGAAAGGCGGUCGCAAGAUCCGAGUCGGCCGUGCCAGCUUUAUCUCCACAGCAAUGGGCAUUCUGGAAAGAUUUUUUCUCCCGGCUAGCGAUCUAUCUUCGACGACCGCUUCGGCUCCUUAUCCGGCGACCAAUCAUUCAAGUCAUAUCUCUCGUCCUUGCUUUGAACUUUGGUAUCUAUACAUUAAUGCUCUCAACUUUUGCAACGCUCUGGAUCGAUUGGUACGGACAGUCCGCCCUCAUUAGCAGUUUACACUACCUAUCUUUCUCGAUUGGCUUUUGUAUGACGGCGCAGAUAGGGGCAAGAAUUAGUACGUUGGGUUAUUCCUCGAGAGCUUUCUAUUAG